UGAUCUGAUUCUGAUUCUGAUCCACCAUUGCAAUGCCAGUUUGCAGCCGGAAUCACCGAAGGGCCAGCGAUCCAGGACAUCGACAAGCUUGACGGUGACAACUAGCUCUCCGUCGUCGACUACAUCUAGGAUAUCUACAAAUUCUACAAAGUCGUCGAGAACGAGUGUCGGGCCAGGGACUACAUGGACUCCCAGGUGGAGAUCAACGCCAAGAUGUGGGGCAUCCUCAUCGACUGGAUCCUGGAAGUGCACCAGAAGUUCGACCUGAUGCCCGAGUCACUGUAUCUCACGGUGUAUAUCAUCAACAUGUACCUGUCACUGCAGUCCGUGCUCCGGCGGGAGCUGCAGCUGGUGGGCAUCUCCGCCCUGCUCAUCACCUGCAAGUACGAGGAGAUUUGGGCUCCUGAGGUGAAUGAUUUCAUCUUGAUCUCCGACAGCGCAUACACCCGGGAGCUGAUUCUGAAGAUGGAGAAGGCCAUCCUGAACAUGCUGGAGUGGAACCUGACGGUGCCCACGCCCUACGUCUUCCUCGUCCGUUUUGCCAAGGCCGCGUGCUCCUCCUCCUCCGAUCAAAAGCACAAUAAGGAUGUAAUACAUUGUUCUUAUUAUUGCAGCUAGCAGAUGAAUUCUGUGGUUGUUACACGGAUGAUGCUCAUGUGUUGUUCAGUACUGUAUAAGAUACCUGUGCAGUAACAAAAACAAAAUUUGAACAAGCCUAUGCAAAUUUGUGUGGCUCUGAAUAAGAUAUCUGUUUCUUACAGCCUUCUCCGAUUAUGAUUUGUCGCUUAUUGUCAGAAUGAUGUUGCUGAAAGAAAGUUCAACAAGUUCUGUGGCUAGCAGUUAUAUUUUUCAAUUUUUAUUACAGCUAAGAGCGUAG